GGGGGACAAGACUCAUGGAAGAAGGCAACACCAGCAGAGAGCGAUAUCUGAAAAGUGUUUUACGGGAGCUGGUUACGUACAUGAUUUUCCUUGUGGUCUUGUGUGUCUUAACUUACGGGACAGUGAGUUCCAGUAUGUACUAUUACACAAGGGUUAUGUCGCAGCUCUUCCUGGAAACACCUGUAUCAAAAAUGGAGAAAACUGAUUUCAAAACUUUGUCUACAAUGGACGACUUCUGGAAGUUCACAGAAGGCCCUUUGCUGGAUGGUCUUUACUGGGAGAUGUGGUACAACAACAAAACCAUGGCAGAAAACAAAAGCUUCAUUUAUUACGAGAACCUGCUCCUAGGGGUGCCUCGCAUUCGGCAGCUGAAAGUGAGAAAUGGUUCGUGCUCAAUACCUGAAGAUUUAAAGGAUGAAAUCAAAGACUGCUAUGAUGUCUAUUCUGUAGCUAAUGAAGAUACUGCUCCUUUCGGACUUCGAAAUGGAACGGCUUGGACGUACACCAAUGAGAAGGAUUUGAAUGGGAGCAGCCACUGGGGCUUGAUUGCCACAUACAGUGGGGCUGGUUAUUACCAAGACCUCUCAAGGACCAGAGAAGUGACAGCUGUGCAGAUUGCUAGCCUUAAGAAGAAUCUGUGGCUCGACAGAGGGACCAGAGCAGCUUUCAUUGAUUUCUCUGUAUACAAUGCAAACAUCAACCUAUUCUGCGUUGUCAGGUUGUUAGUGGAGUUUCCAGCAACUGGAGGCCUUGUUACAUCUUGGCAGUUUCAGCCAGUGAGGCUGAUUCACUACCUCUCCACUUUUGAUUUUUUCCUGGCAGCCUGUGAAAUGGCAUUUUGUCUUUUUGUUCUUUAUUAUAUGGUGGAAGAGAUCUUAGAAAUUCACAUUCAUAGACUGCACUACUUCAGAAGUCUCUGGAAUUGCCUUGAUAUCCUUAUCAUUGUGCUCUCUGUGGUAGCUAUAGGAAUUAGUGUCUAUAGGAUAUCAACUGUUGAUAUGCUCUUGAAGAAGCUGCUGGAAGAUCAGAACUCGUUCCCCAAUUUUGAACCUUUGGCAUAUUGGCAAAUGCAAUUCAACAACAUUGCUGCAGUCACUGUGUUUUUUGUCUGGAUUAAGCUUUUCAAGUUUGUUAACUUCAACAGAACAAUGAGUCAGUUAUCCACUACCAUGUCUCGCUGCGUCAAAGAUGUCAUUGGCUUUGCUAUUAUGUUUUUUAUUAUUUUCUUAGCAUAUGCUCAGUUGGCCUAUCUUGUCUUUGGCACUCAAAUUGAUGACUUCAGCACUUUCCAGGACUGCAUAUUUACUCAGUUUCGCAUCAUUUUGGGAGACUUCAACUUCACAGAGGUUGAAGAAGCUAAUCGAAUUUUGGGACCAAUUUAUUUCACUACAUUUGUGUUCUUUAUGUUCUUCAUUCUUUUGAACAUGUUUUUGGCCAUUAUCAAUGAUACAUACUCUGAAGUCAAAUCAGAUAUGGCACAACAGAAGGCAGAAAUGGAACUGUCUGACCUGAUCAGAAAGGGCUACAACAAAGCCAUGAUCAAACUUAAAUUGAAGAAGACUACUGUUGAUGACAUUUCAGAAAGUCUGAGACAAGGUGGGGGAAAACUAAAUUUUGAUGAACUCCGGCAAGAUCUAAAAGGGAAGGGGCACACGGAUGCAGAGAUUGAAGCAAUAUUUACCAAAUAUGACCAGGAUGGGGACCAGGAAUUGACAGAGCAUGAGCAUCAGCAGAUGAGAGAUGACCUGGAGAAAGAGAGGGAGGAUCUGGACCUGGAUAGGAGCUCUCUGCCACGUCCUCUGAGCAGCCGUAGCUUCCCCCGGAGCUUGGACGACUCUGAGGAGGAUGAGGACGAAGACAGCGGACACAGCUCCAGGAGGAGGGGCAGCAGCUCUAGUGGGGUUUCCUAUGAAGAGUUCCAAGUACUCAUGAGGCGGGUCGAUCGCAUGGAGCAUUCUAUCGGCAGUAUCGUCUCCAAGAUCGAUGCCGUUAUUGUGAAGCUCGAAGCAAUGGAGAGAGCCAAACUAAAAAGGAGAGAUGUGUUGGGAAGACUGUUAGAUGGAGUGACAGAGGAUGAAAGACUGGGUCGUGACAAUGAAAUCCACAGGGAACAAAUGGAGCGACUUGUGCGAGAGGAGUUGGAGCGAUGGGAAUCAGAUGAUACGGCAUCCCAAAUGAGCCAUCGGUUGGGAACGCCACUUGGACUGAAUGGCCAGCCUCGUUCAAGGAACUCUCGGCCAUCUUCCUCCCAGUCGGAUGGUAUUGAUGGGGCAGGAGGAAAUGGGGGGAAUAACAUCCAUGUGUAGGAUUAACUUUGUAGGUGAUUCUAAACGUUUCAGGUCAGUAUUAAGCCAGCAAAUACACUACUCCACUGUUUCCCAGCAUGAGGUGAUCAUUCUGAUCAGACCACUAAGGGCAAUUUUCACUGGUGGGCAAAAGUAAAUAUUCUCUUCGUAAGGCAUUUUCAGACCUAUGUAAGCCAUGCGUCACGUUCGAGUUGCCAACAGUGAGACUGUCAGCCUUGGAAAUGAAAAUGCAGGAGACAGAAUGGAAACCAGGUGUGACAAAAUCUACCUGGACAGAAUUUUGGUUCCAUACGUGUAUUAUGGGGAACACUUUCACGAGGGCAGCAAGCUUCAGACAAAAUAAUGUGCUGUGGCUAAAACACUCAAAUGAAAGGCUGUGAGUUUUCUGCUUUCUAUUAGAAAAUAUGAUUUUUAUAAUGCUUUUAAAAGCAAUUUUUAAAAGAAGAUGGCAUCAGUUUCUUGUCUCAUUCAUUACAACAGCUGACACUUUUCAGAGAGAUAAAACAGCACUUUUUUUUUUAGUUUCUACCUAUUUUUCUGAGUUAUUCUUGGUGUACUGACGUCUUAAUUAACUUUAAAUGUUCAUUUUU